CACUCUCUCACACACACACACACACGAGGCGGAGUUUCGAGCUCCAGUCUGAGGCUCAGUUGAGUUGUUUUUUGCAGCAGACUCAGACUCUGCUUGUUUCCUGCUGCAGGAUCAUCUGAGGUGUGAAGACCUGUGAACAUGUAACUGUUCACACACACACACACACAAACACUCACACACACAGUCCGGGGGAACCAGCCGAAACAAUGGACUCUGCUGUGAAGCCCACCGGGAGGAAGUUGUGUGUCUGUGGGCUGAUCUGGUGGUCGCUCCUGGUCGAGCUGGCGUCAGGAGCUUCCUUCUAUGGCGACGGCUUUGUACAGCUCAAGGCAACAGAGUCGUCCGACCAUAACAUGCUACGUGUCCGCUUCCGAACCUCCAGCACCAAUGGCCUGCUGUUUCUCGCUGCCGGCCAGACCGACUACUUCCAACUAGAGCUCCACGCUGGUCGCCUGCAGCUGAAACUGGACCUUGGAUCGGGGGAGAAAGUGUUACAGUCCGACCGAGGCACCCAGCUCAACGACCUGGCAUGGCACUCUGUGGAGGUCCGCCAUGUGCAGCACAACAUCACUCUGACAGUAGACAAGAACUCUCACACCAGAGCAAAGAUGCCGGGCUCCCAAAAUAAUCUCAACAUCUUCCAUGGUCUCUAUGUUGGAGGCUCGGGAAGCCUGGACAGGCUUUAUCUCCUCAGAGAUCCGAUAGGCUUCCGAGGCUGCAUGGAGGACGUAGUCUUCAACGAACAUGACCUGCUGUCAUCACUGAGGCCAUAUACUGGAUUCAAGACUGUCCAUGAGGUGUCUUUAGGCUGCAGUCCCCAAUUCUUUGCCACAGAGGAGGACCCUAUCAGUUUCUUCAGCUCCAGAGCUUACAUUUCUCUUCCAACCUGGAACGCCCAACAGGAAGCAGUGUUCGAGUGUGUUGUCCAUACUUCAGCCUCAGAGGGAAUUAUGUUGUACAGUUCAGCCAGAGAGGGGUCUUUUGUUGCUGUGGAGAUUCAGGAAGGUUUGCCAGUGGCCAUUGUUGGGAAAGCUGGAGCUAAAGCGGAGCUUCGUUCCCUCACGUUCAUCAAUGACAAGAAAUGGCAUUCUAUCAAGUUGCAUCUCGGUUCCAAAAGCCUUGAGCUAACUGUUGAUGGAGAGAUGGUGAAAAGCAGCAUCAGCUCUCGUACAAAGGGACCUCAGCUCAAAGGUUUUCUUUUUGUUGGAGGCAUAGAUGACAGCACCAGAUCUGAAGUCAGAAAGGUGGGGCUCGUCUCUGUGUCUGGAAAGCGAGUAAGAGGAGGUUCCUUCAAAGGAUGUUUGAAGAACAUUGAAGUCAACGGAGUGAAGAUGGGUCUCUCUGCUGCUGUAGUCACCAAGGAUAUCUCAGUUGGUUGUGAGCCUGAGAAGGAACCAGAACCAUCAACCACAGUGAGUCCGACAAGCACCCCAGGAUCCCUUUUUCACCUGGUGACACCAACACCGUCAUUUCACAUGUCCACUCUUGCAAGGGGCUUGGACAGAAGGUAUGGCUCAAAUUUUGUGCAGCUGAAAAACCUUGUGGUGCAAGAAGGCAGCAGGGCAUCUCUUGAGGCAAAACACAUCAAGGUUCUCUUGGACUUCAAGAAGCUAGGCAUUCGACAAUCCCAGAUCAUGUUCCGUAUUCAGGAGCAACCUAUUCGGGGUCAGAUAAGGCUUGAUGUUGAUCAAGACCAAGAGGAGAACACCUUCAGCAUGUUGGACCUUUGGCAUGGACGAGUGAUGUAUAUCCAUGGAGGCUCAGAGGAACCAGAUGACUUCUUCAUGUUUUCUAUUUAUUCUAGCAGUAGAAAGCAAGUUCCUGAUUAUCUGAAGGGAAAUAAAUUGUACCGGUACAAUAUUACUGUGACACCCACCAACGAUGCACCUGAAUUGAGCCUCCCUGAAGGAAAUCUCUUUGUCCUGUUGGAGAACUCUAAGAAACGCCUCACCACAGAUGUUCUGAAGGCCACAGACAUUGACAGCAGCAAUGACAACCUUGUCUUCUCUGUACUUGGGAACCUGAACGCUGAUGCUGGAUAUUUGGAAGUUGAAAACAACCCUGGCAAAGCAGUGACCUCAUUCUCGUAUUUAGAUUUGGAGGAACUGAGGGUGUACUACGUUCACACGGGGGUUAGAAACUCGAGGAUAGUUCUUCGAGUUGGCGAUGGGGAAAAGGUGAGCAACACUGUGGUUCUUAGGGUCAUGGCUGUAGCACUGGAGUACAAAAUUGCCAACAACACAGGUCUUGUGAUCGUUCAAGGAGAGACGGCUAUAAUUGGUUCAAAGCAGCUGGCUGUGCAAACCAAUGCUGUGAAACAAAUUGUUGACGUUCGUUAUGAUAUCAUUGAACCUCCUCAGUAUGGAGAGCUCCAGAGGCUUCACUCCAGUGGUGAAUGGAGGCCCACUGACACUUUCUCCCAAAGGCUCCUUGAAAAAGAGCGACUGAGGUACGUUAGUACUUUUCAAGACAUCCAGACAUCCAAUGCCACUGAUUACUUCAAGUGCAAAGUCAAUGUGGCCGCCAAGGCAGCCACUGAAGUACUCUUCCCAAUAACUGUGAAGUGGGUGAAGUAUCACCUGACGAGGAAUACUAUGAUUGACUUGGAUAAAAUUAGAAAAGUGACGCUGGACUCUGAGCAUAUGUUUGCCACAGCUGAAGGUGUGGCCCUCUCGGAGGAUGACCUUUAUUUCCGAGUUCUCACGACACCCAAGAAAGGGAAACUUCUGCUAGACACCACAGUCUUGAUGAAGAACUCAACUUUCAGCCAAAGAAAUGUGACGGAUCUAAAAGUACAUUAUGAGCUAUCUGACAGACCUUAUGAAGACACACAUGACAGGUUCAAAUUUCAUCUGGUUUCCAAGCAUGCUCAGUCUCAAAACUAUGAUUUCCAGUUUUCCAUUAAAGCUGAUGUCAACAGUGUGUUUAUGAGAAAUGAUGGACUCUCGCUUCUGGAGGGAGAAAGUAAACUCAUCACAAAAGAUGAUCUGUUUGCAGAGACUUUGAGUACAAAAGAUUUGUACUACACUGUGGUAAGCAGCCCUAGACAUGGAAAACUAGCCCGUAUUAGUCAGUCAAAUUCCAACGCUAGCUACAACAACAUCUUAACCUUUAGUAAUCAGGAUAUAUUAGAGGAACGGAUCAUGUAUAUUCACGAUGACAGUGAAACGACUCAAGAUGAGUUCAGUUUCAUUGCCUCCAUCAGCCAAGGCUUCAAAUCCUCCAUCGCAGAGGAUGACUUUGGCUCCAAAGAAGGAACGUUCAACAUCUCCAUUAAUCUAGUCAACGACCAAAAGCCACUACGUGUUAUCGAUAAAGUUUUUCAUGUGGUAAGAGACGGACAAAGGUUACUCACUUCAGAGGAUUUGUGUUAUCAUGACGCAGACUCUGAUUAUGAUGACGGUCAGUUGAUUUACACUCGUCGUGGAAUCCCCUUGGGAGACUUAGUUCUGGUUAAUGACACGACUCAUCGACUGUUCCAGUUUCGACAGAAGGAUUUGGAUGAGAAGCGAGUGUUGUUCAUUCACAAAGGUGUGAGCACGGGCAGGUUUGUGCUCUUUGUCUCCGACGGAAAACAUUUUGUAUCAAGCCUUUUAGACAUCAGUGCACAUGACCCCUUCCUGAAGGUCGGCAACAACACCGGCUUACUGGUUCAGAAGGGCCGAGCCGUAACGUUUUCCACCAGUAAUUUUAGUGUCAUAUCAAAUCUCGACAUCAGAGAUGACCAUGAGGUCAUUUUCAAGUUGGAUGAGGCUCCCAAGUAUGGACGACUUUAUCUCAAUGAAACAAACGUGAAGUCGUUCACACAGUCGGACUUAAAGGAGGGGCUGAUUUCCUACCGGCACAAAGACAGCAAACAUCUGGCCGACUACUUCAACCUAACAGUGACAGCUAAAGGUUUUCAACUUGCAGUGAAGAUCAAUGUGAAGGUUUAUCUGGAAAGUCACCAGAGGCCACCCAUAGUGCAGCAUCACAACACUUUACUGGUAGAGGAGGGGAAACCAGUGAAGAUCGACGAAACUAAACUGGAGGUCACUCACGAGGACAACAUGCCAUCCGAGAUUGUAUUCACAGUCAAGGUAGCCCCCUCUCACGGCUUUCUCAGGCGUUUUGUUGAAGCGGAGAAUCGCUACAUCGGAACCAAACAUUCCCCUGUCAAGACAUUUAACCAGGAGGACAUUAACAGUGGGAACAUCCAGUACACGCAGGUAGAGCCCAACGAAGUCAAUGACACCUUCCUGCUUGAUGCCACCAAUGGGGUCACUGACGUCAGCGACAUUAGGAUGUCUGUUGACAUCAUCCCACGCCUCAUCCCGCUUCGCGUCUCAAAUUUCACGCUGAACGAGGGCGCCUCCAAGGCACUGACCCAGGAUGUGCUCAAAGUCACCAACCAACACUUUUCUGGGAUUAACUUCCUGUACAGUUUGUCCGAGCCCCCGCAGCACGGUCACGUUGAGCACUCUCGACAUCCGGGUGUGUCCAUUACCUCUUUCACCAGGAGGCAGGUGGAACAUGAAUUCAUUUACUACGUGCAUGACAGCAGCGAAAGCUUAGCCGACAACUUCACUGUGGUGGCCAAUGACUCAGGGCUGAGGAAGCAGAGUGCGGCCCAGACGGUGUACAUCCAGGUUACAGCUGUCAACGAUGAGCCUCCUGUUAUUACUGCCAACAGGGUCCUCAGGGUCUGGGUGUCGUCGGUGACCGAGAUCAGGCCAGAGGAUCUGAUGGCGCAGGACCAGGACACGCCACCGGAAGAGCUACACUUCAUGGUGACGCCACCCAGCAACGGGCACCUGGCCCUGAAGAGCGCCCCCAUGAAGGUGGUGCUCAACUUCACACAGGCUCACAUAGACCAGGGACAGCUGCUGUUUGUGCAAAAAGGUGCCAUGUCUGGAGGAUUCAACUUCCAAGUAAAUGAUGGUGUGAAUUUCAGCCCCAGGCAGAUCUUCAGCAUCACAGCCAGAGCCUUAGUUCUCAGUUUAGAGAAAAACCGUCCACUGAAGGUGUUUCCAGGCUCCUCAGCACUAAUCACAAAUGAGGAUUUACAAGCAGUGACCAAUGACAUCAGCAACACCUCCACUCGCAUCAUUACAUUCAGUGUGGUUCGGCAUCCGAAACUGGGGCGACUGGUGAGGAGGCAGCCGGAUAAUUCAACAGUCGACAUCUCCACUUUCACACAAGAUAUGGUUGACAGGAAAGAGGUUGUGUACAUUCAAAGCCCCAUCGAGUCGGUGGGCUGGGAAGCUCUGGACACCAUGACCUUCUCUGUGGCAUCACCGCCUGCUUCUCUCAACAGCCACACCUUCAAAAUAGACAUUUCCUAUGAGAAUACUGGACCUGAACACAACACAGUCCUACUUGCAAACACAGGUGCUGAGGUCACAGAAGGAGACAGUGUCAUCAUUGACGAGUCUUAUCUUGAUGCUACUAACCUGAUGUCCAAGUUGUCGACGCCUCAGCGGAGCUCCUACGAGGUUUGGUUCCAGGUAACAUCUCUGCCCCGACACGGUUUCAUCGUGGUGGGCGAGAGAAACCUCACCAAGGAGAAACCCAACUUCUCCCAGUUCAUUAUUAACAAAUAUGGUAUCACCUACAAGCACGACAACUCAGAGACGACUCGUGAUUCUUUCGUCUUCAGUGCAUGGCUAAAUCUGAAGGGCAAAACGGCGCAACGCCCUCAAGAUGACGACGAGGUUGUUGAGGAGAGUUUUAACAUCACUAUCACACCUGUGAAUGAUCAACCCCCUCUGCUAAAAACCAAAGCUCCAAGUCUGGUGGUGGUACAAGGAGAUACUGUAGCCCUCGGGCCUGAGAAUCUCAAGGUUGAAGACUUGGACAAUCCUCCCGAUGAUAUUAAGUUUUCUGUGAUUAGCAAGCCAAACAACGGUUACCUAGCUCUUGAAGGAAGUUUGAAUGAGUCGAUUAUGGCCUUCUCCCAAACUCAAAUCAAUAACAGAAGCAUCUAUUUCGUCCAUGAUGGAAGCUCCGUCUCGGGGGUGUUCUACUUCAGUGUCACAGAUGGGCAUCAUAAACCAAUAUAUAAACUCUUUAACCUAGAAGUAAGAGAAAUCUCCAUUUCUUUGGUCAACUACACUGAACUGACACUGGAGCAAGGCAAGACCUCAGUGUCACUGACCCAGGAAAACCUUGCUGCUGUUACCAACGGGAAAAAUGUCACCAUUCACUAUCAGAUUACCAGGCCCCCGAGCUUUGGCAAACUUCUGAGGGAAGAUCAAGAGGUUACACAGUUUGAACAGGAUGAUCUUGUGGCUAGAAGGUUGUCCUACCAUAUGAUCUCCGUCUCCUCCGCAGAAGACAGCUUCGAAUUCACCGCCUUUACUUCUGAGGCAAAUCUGACUGGAGUGUUUAACAUAACCGUCAGGCCUUUGGUCCGGGUUGGCAAAGGUUUGAGGAUUCCCACUGGAAUCGUGGUCAAACUUGGUGCUAAUUUCCUUGAUGCCUCAGAACUGGCUAAUAUCAGCAAUAGUGACCCUGUCUUCGAAAUGAUAUCCCAUCCUAGGAAUGGGAAAGUGGUUCGGACAAAACCUAAAAUGUCUGGGAAAGCUGAACAAGCUGAGUCCUUCACCUUCCAGGAGGUGAUGCAGGAGAAGAUAGCCUUAGAGCUGAAUGCCAACAUGACUGGAGUUCAAGAGCUGAAUGACUCACUGGUGUUUUUACUGAAAGCUGAUAACAUCCAACCUGCUAAAGGGGAGUUCCACUUUGCAGUUGUGCCAUAUGAUCCAGCACUUUUUCCCACCACAAAAACUCCUCUCCCAACCACAUCAUCUGUUCCUCAGACACCAAUGCAGACUUCAGGAAAUGGAACUGCUUCACCCGUCCUGUCUACAGCUUUCCUCUCCACCCAGCAACCAAGCAAAAACCAGCAAAAGUUCAAGGGACGUAACCGCUGGGGGAACUCCAACAGAACUAGUAUUUACAGUACGACUCUUGGCAAACCCACACGAGGAUCGGAGGAUUUCCCCUUCAGGAACACUCCAGUUCGUGUAGAAUCCUACCCACAAAAAACCUCCAAUCCACUCCUGGUGAUCUUACCACUGCUGGCCCUGCUGCUGCUCGUCAUCAUCUUCGUGGUCCUUGUUGUCUUCCUGCGACAUCACAGGCAAAGGAAGCAGAACAGUGCUGCACCAAAAGAGUCUGCAGGUCUUCCAAGCAGUGAGUCCUACCAAGGCCAAACCCAGAGGAGCACAACAGUUCCGACAGUGACUGUCACUCAGUUAAACCCCAACUGCCCAGACAGCCCAGUUCUCGAUCGAUUAUUGCAAUCAAAUCACGGCUCGGGAUAUAACACCCUGGAUUCAAACAUGUUCGUAAGUUCUUGGAGUAAUGGUUCCCCUGCAGCAUCUUCCCAAAUUAUCAGAGCCGCCACUCCGACUCUUCAGAAGAAUCAGUACUGGGUAUGAUCCUCCGCAAACCAGCAUGUCGCUGCAUGUUUUGGAGGAUACUGUUUUCACAACAGAUUGAAAUGUGGGUUGGAGCUUACUGAUAUGAAUCACUACCCUUUUCAGGUUCUUAGCUUAAAGCUGCAUCGAUCAAUAUUUUUGUUUUAAUCCUGAAUCAAAGGUCCAGUGUGUUUUCAGUCACGGUCACCAGGUAAGAAACAAAGCUCUAAUGAGAUAAUUGUGUUGUUCUGUCUCUGCUGCAUGUUUUUAGAUAAUUGAUUUAUGCAGCUUUAAGGAUGGAUGAUGGGGGAAAACCACUAUGGCCAAAGUCCUUUGCAAUAUGUUAGUCAGAGACGGGACAGUGUUGAGUUGUCUCUGAGUUGCAUGAUCCUGUGAAGCAAUAGUACAAACCACUGCUGUAUGUUCAGCUGGUGGGACAAACAUUGGUCUCUUGAGCAUUUACAAAUCAGUCAUCACUGUGGUAAUCUAUAACCUGUUUGUUUGGUGCCUGAUUGAAUCACUCAUGUUGUUGUCUGGUCCUCAUACAUGUUGACGUCUCUCCCAUCGUGGAUCGUAGUCAUCAGAGCUGGAGCCUAACAACUUGAAACUGUGAAUUUCUAGACUGACACUGGUACAAAGAUGAAUUGUCUGAGCAUUUCAACUGAUUGUGCAGAUUUUAUAUUGUUGUUAUGUAUUAUAUAUUAUAGUAUAGCAAUUUUUUUGUAAACUCAGGUAUUUUUGUUAACAUUUACUUCAUGUUACUCUUAUUGGGGGUCGCAUGUAUUGUCAUUAACAGAUCUUGGUUUAACCAGAUUGAAAAUUAUAAAAUUGACAGUACCACUAUUAAAACUUUUAUUUUUUAAUAGGUCAAAUCACAGUGGUUGAAACGGUUUUUUAUUUUACUAUGCAGUAUUUUUAUAUUCCCAAUAAGCUUAAAUGAAAAAGCAACGCACUAAUACUUCUCCAUAUCCCUCUCAGCUCAGUGAUUAAUAUUCAAACAGUACGUUCGUUCUCUAAAAUAUUAACAGAUGAACAAAUAGUGAUUCACCAGAUUUUAGAACGGUUGAGCUGCUAACUCUAAAACAAGGUCAUUACACUGGGACUGGAGAUUACUUUCUGAGGAGAGGUACUAAAUAUUUAUCAACAGAACAAUUUAUUCUCUCUCGCUCAAUCGAGCAAGAUUUUUUUAAAACAAGAACUCCAUCUCUAAAAUACUUUUUCCUUUUACAAAUAACAAAAACAGAGAAUUUCUUUGAUUUAAAACAAGUGGUGGUAUUUAUAAUAACUAUUUAACGCCGACAAUCCUGUUUAACUUGUGUCGUUAGAUCUACUGUAAGCAUUGGUUGUUUGACACUGGUGAUUUAUCUGCUGUAAAUGAAAAGUUACUGUUCCAACAUGGGAGAUGAGGUGUCGCUGUAACAGAAAACCACUGUAAACGUAUGUUAUUGAAUUAUUUUGUACUGAAGAGAAUUGUCUAUCCAGUGUAUCCUAGUCUCAUAUGAAUGAUGUAACCCUCCAUGUAACUGUCAUAUUUAUUUAUACCAUGUUUUUAAUAAACCACUUUAAAAUGUAAGA